AUGAAGAUAUCAAAUUCAGAUGAAAGAAGAUCGCAGGUGACUCAUCAUCUUGGUCAGUACGGUAGUUUCGUCAGGAGAAGGAAAGCGAGCUGCGCUCUCCGGGCUCGAUGUCAGCAGAUGUGUGGGCGGCACAAAAAAUGCCCUCGCUGUUUCGACCAGUCGCUUAGAACUCGUCGCCCUUGUUCCUGUUUCGUUGAGAAUUUCUUCAAGAAAGGAGCUGAAGAAAUCACCUGCGGCUGGGAAAAGAAAUCAGUUCGCCCUCGUUCCCUCCGAGCCACUUCGCAACUGAUUUCGACGCGUUUUCCGUUUUGCUUGGCGCCGCCGCUGUUUCGUUUUUUUUUAACUCCAUUUUUUUACCUCAAGAGAAAUUUCAUUUAUCGUCAAUUAUCAAGAAGGCUUUUCUUGUCCAACAAGAAAACACCGGUUACCCAUACGAUCGCUAGUCGAGAUGUGGCGCUGGAAUCCUUCGCCGCUGAGUACAAGAAGGCCAACAAACGGCCACCACUGCUGGUUUUCGACGGUGAAUCCUUCUGGCACGUUCUUCACGGGAGCAACUUGCCCAAGCUCUUCGGCGGCCAGUUCAUCCAGUUCCGCAAAAAAGCCGAGGACUUCUGCAAGCGUCUCACUCAACUGGGAUUCAAGCUCGCCUUCAUCUUCGGAAACUCGCCGAUCUCGGCGGAAACGAAGGCCGAGGAACGCGGAAAACAAACCCUUCUUCAUUUGACUUCUUUCUACCGACAGUUGAACGAAAGAAACCAUGGUCUGCCACAGAUCAACGAGAUAUGGCCUCCAUGUCUUCGGAACGUUUUUCCGUAUUAUUUGCGCAGCAUGCCAAACAUCACCGUGCUCCAGUCGCUCAUGGACAAAGACUUGUCAAUCGCCUGCUACGCCAAGGAGCAAGAGGCUGCUGCCAUCGUGUCCAACGAUUCGGACAUGCUCAUCUACGCCGUCUGCCCUGUUAUGGUCGCCCGUGGCCUCACGAAUGCCCGUAAUCGCGUGGUGAUGAUGUACCCCGACGAGUUCUGUAAAGAUGUCGGGCUCAGCAAGGAAAAGCUGCCUCUUCUUUCGGUCUAUCUUGGCAACACAGAAACGCCGAUCACUACUUCCGUGGUGGAAGCAUCCGAUGGAGUUAUUCAGCGUAAGAUCAGGGCUGGAGACCGCGGCAACGUCCAGGAUGCGAUCGAAUACGUGAAAAGCCUCGAGGUGCCGAUUUGCCUUUCCGAACUUGCUCAAGACAUUUUUCAACAAGUCGACGAGGAAAAUAUCAAAGACGUUCGACUUUCACUUGGACGAUACAUUCUGAAAGGACGACAGUAUCCAUUUGAUGUAAGCCCCAUGUACAAGGUAGUACAAGGCAGCCCCAUGAUCGAGCCAAUUGAAAAAUACGAUGUUGACAAAAGCGAGAAUCUUGAAGCGUUUCUUGAAAAGAUCAAAAAGCCUGUUAUCGAAUGCGACAUCAUUCUCAAAGCAAAGGCUUGGCGUCGAGAUUUCAACAUCAUGCACAUGUCUUGGCCUUGCCCUGGUGCGGGGAUUCCAUCUUCUGUGGAGCUUUACGGCCCGAUAUUUUCCGCUCACGCCACUCUUCUUGGCAAGAAGAAGCAUCACAUGAUCAUUCCUCGAUUCGAGAAUGAGCCAAUUCGCUUGGCCGACCCCGCGUUCAAAAACAUAACACUAAAACCGGCGAAGCUCUGCUUUCCGGACGGGACCAAGCUGCCAGACGCACACGAACUCUGGAUUAGCCAGGACAAACGGAUGCAGGUGAUGGCGCUUAUUACGAUCUGGGAGGCGACGGAUCUUGACUUUGAGACUCUCAUGACGAUGGUGCCUGCUACUCUCACUUUCUUGCUCGUCCUUCACUGGGUUCGACGAAAAUGUAACAUGGAAGACUGGGAGAUUUACGCUUUUUUGGCGACUCAUGUGCGCAUGCGCCACUUCACCUGUGACCAGAUUUGGAGAAUGGACGAUAUCAUGGUUGCCAAAGGCAUCACCACGCGAUCGAUUGUAUUGGCGAAUGUUUUCUCCAAACUCAUGGGUCGUUUUCUCUGGAUGGUUGCUCUUUGUGGCUCACCCUUCAAGACCGUGGACCUUCUUCCCGACUUGAUGUUCGACGGAAUGAUCUUCCAGAAAAAGUACGAGCAGGCACGCUUGUCCAGCCAACAUGAAAAGGGAUUCCAAAUGACAAGGAUUCUUGAUGCAGUUUGCAACCACGCCAUAAUGGACUCUCGGCGCGAUCGCGACCGCGUGAUGAAACUUUUUGGAAUACUCAGCGGACACAGAGUGAUUGAAGUUCUCAAUACUGACAACGACAGAUGCAAUCCAAUUGCUGUUGUCCAGAUGAACCAGGAAUAUGAACCAAACUGGUACGAAGCAUGGACGGGUAACGCUACCAAGCGCUUCGAGGCGUACGAAAAGGAAAAGGAAGAGAAGGGUAUCAAGAGCAAAAAGCCGUCAAAGAGCCAGUACAAGUACAGAGAGCGCGACCAUUCCAUCAGCCCAACCGACGAUCUUCAUGAGCCCCACAAUGGCAGCCACUCCAAUGGCAUCUCUCCAUUGCCUCCAAGCCUCCCUCCAUUUGUUCCCAACAGUUUCGUCAAUAGCCACUCCAACCGCCCAGCGAUUUCACCUCCAUCAAUCAACCGUCCUGAUUAUCAAAUGGCUCGACAAGAAGAUCCUUUCGGCAACGCCGUCUCUCCCUCAGUCGAUUCUCCUUCGAAUGGAAGCGUGACGCCAGAAUUUUCACCACCGCUUUGUGCUCCUUCCGAACCAAUGCGUCAGAGCAAAGGUCGAGAACAUGGCCCAUGGGGCCCCCCUCUCCCUCAGUACAAUCAUAUUCCCGACGGCAACAAAAAUGGCAAGGUAAUCCCUCAUCAUCUCACGGCCUCAGAACGAGCUAGUCAACUUCAUGCUCAUCAACACGCUUUGCCACCUAACACACCAAAAGUUUUUCACCCAGUGGGACCAGGGUGCGGUGCGCCAGACUCAUUCGUGGUCACACCGGAGUUUGUCGACCCUGCUGCAUGGCCGGACAUGCCUCCUUAUCCCUUUGAGGAGCAGCAGGAGGAAGGCAUGCCCCAAGCAUACUAUAGCCCAAUGGUCCGAACUGCAUCUAAAAAUUCCAAGGGCACUGUCAUUCACAAAACACUCACUCCAUAUGAAUACACGGAUAGUGGCAUUCACAAUAGAAACUUGGAGCAACUCGCUCGCCACAAUUGCAUGAUUCCUGCCGAUACGAAGCGUCCAUUUUAUGAAAAUUUCGCUCACAAUAGAUUAAAGAGGCACAGCCAUGUACAAAACACCGUACAGAGCAAUGUCCGUGCUCCAUCCGAAUGCGCAUCUGACUCUAAUGGAAGCAACGCCACUGACGAUCCCGGUUAUGCGACCAUGACCAACUUCAGCCGCACUAACUCUUCCGUACGCGGAAGCAAUCUCUCCGAUCGUUCUUUCCCCGCCUCCAUGCACAACAACAACAACGUUCGCAAAUCAAACUCGGAGGUCCUUUCUUUCUCUGCUGCGAUUUCCAGCAAAUGCAACAGCUCAUCCUACGAGUCGACCAGCACUUCAGCUUCGGACCCCGAGGAUAAGGUUGACUUCGAUGACGACGAGGACGAGGAGGAGGAAGAGCCACCAAGACCCAUGAGUAAGCUGGAAAAAUUAGCCAUGCGAUCUCAUCAAGGAUCGUCCGAUUGGGGCGAAGAUAAAAUGAGCUGGGGAGGCAUCAAACAACUUCAGAAGACGUGGCAAAAGCAAAAAGAAGUCGAAGAAGAUGAAGACGAUAUUCCAAGUGACGCGCGGGAGCUUCAUGAAAGAACCAAGUGGAUGGCAGAGGUGAAAGCUAAAAUGGAAGCAAAGCUGGAGGCGAAAAGACAAGAUGACAGAAGACAGAAGCUUCUCGAGCAGAAACUUCUCGAGGAGAAAGCCAGAAAAGAAGAGUGGAUGAGACAGAGACAAAUGAUUGACUCCAAUCAUUGGUCUGAUUCAGUUCGACACGUAGUCGACCCCCGCCCUCGAGAAAUCCGACAAAUGCGAUCAGCAGCCGGACUGAACUUCUUCGUAAAGAACAGUGAAGAGGGGCCAUUUAAUGGAGCAGGCGAUGACAGCGAUCGCGUGUGGCAAAGCGCACCCGAGCCUGAACAGGAGUUUGUCCGGCCAGACUACGAUAUGCGUCGACUAGUGAAGGAGUCCUCCAAAUCCGAGAAGUUCUCAUACGCCCAGGCUGCAGGCGCUUCUAAGGAAGAUAAGUCAAAAAACAAGCCCGGAGAACGGGCAGCAUCAUUUACGCUUCGUAACGAGGCACGAGAGUUCAUCCCACGAUGUCAGUCCGCGAGUUCGCAGGCUGACACAACCGAUAGCGAAUUCGACGGUUAUCAGACAUCGUCAGACAUUCAACUGCCUUACAGAGGCCAAGGCUUCGGCAGUGCCCUCGCAGCAGCAUACGGAGCUUACGGAUACCCCCGCACCUCUAUGGGCUACGGAAUUUCUCGAUUCGCAGGUCGCUCGCGUUCGGGCAAGAUGACGGUUCCAAUUUAUUACCACGAUCCCGACCAGGGCUGGAUGUACGGCUACGGAGAGCCACAAAUUCCACGUGGCAAGCACUCAAGACAGAACUCUCAAGAGAGCAAUCCUGACAUAAAUUCUAAUGAAGUUGAGCCACAGCAAAUGGGUGACUGCUUGCCUCCUGUCACCAGCGCCAGCUCCCGACGAGCAAUGCUCGAAAACAUGGGCAUGGCAAGGGUGGUUUCUUACAAUCCAGCGGAAUUUAUUUUUUUUUAA